CGGAGCGCUUGAAGACCAGAGAGAGCCUCAGGAAAGGGGAGGGUGUCAGGUUCAAGCAGCAGGUGCAAAAGAUCUUGGGCCAGGGCAAGCUCAUCAGCCUGCUGCGCGCCAGAGCCAACGACAGCGCUGGAGGCGGGGCCGCUUCCAGCAGCGCGACCCCCGGCAUCCCGGAGGCCUCCUGCGGGGGCUCCUCGAGCUCCACCAGCAGCCCCAGCCCGCGGGGCCACGCCGCCCCGAGGCGCACGCCGGCGGCCGAGGACCGCCGGGAGCAGGCGGCCCAGGCGGCGGGGGACGGCCCGGAGGCGGCGCACGCCGCCGGCGGCCGGGGGCAGACGGCGCAGGUGGGCCGAGACGGCCUGGAGCAGCUGGUGCAGAAGGAGCUGGAGCUGCGCCAGCAGCGCAGAGCAGAAGGGACCAGCAGUCAGGAGGUCGCGGGCGACGGCCUGAAGCAGGUGCUCGAAGCGGACGUGCAGUCGAAGCUCCCCGCGCGGCUGCCCCUCCUGGGACUUGGCCAGCAGAAGCUGCGGAUGGGGGACUCCGCAGCGCAGGGCGACGGCGCCGAAGGCAACACGACCUGGCCCGUCACGGCUGCGGCGGCGCACGGCGGCAGUGUUGAUCCGCCCAGCAGCAGGCGGGGCACGUCUCCGAAGACUUUUGCGAAGCCCCCUCUGCCGGGCUCCCCGCCAGGGUCGCCCGGAGGGAACCGCUGGGGCAUGUCCCGCCUCGCCGCGCCCGGCUCCCCCGGCGGGGGCGCCUCAGCCCGCGCCGCGCCUGCCUCUCCCAGCGGGGGCGGCGGCAGCGGCUUCCGCCUCGCCGCGGCAGCCGUCCUCAGAGAGGGGGACGACGGGAGUUUCGGGGAGCUAAGCGCCCGUGGCCGCGGCCUCGUGCCAGUGGCAGACGCCGCCUACGACCUGGGCGAUGGCCGCGGCGGGGGGAGCACCCAGAGCCACGGCGUUCCGGCAUCCGCCCAUGGCAUGGGCGGCACUGGUGGCCACGCCACCUUUCCCAGCGACCCUGGCGAGCGCAGAAGCGGGGAUCGAGCGGCUGAUGCCGCGAUGAGCGUGGGGGGCCCGCUUCCAGCGUCGUCCAGCGGCGGCCAGGCCAUCUGGUCCAGUAGCCCUGGCGACAACGCUGAUGCAGUCCAACGGGCUGCCAGAAGCGCAAGAGCGCAGGGCCAGUCUCCAGUGUCGCAAGGCGGUGGCCAUGCCCCCUCGUUCGGCGCUCCUGGCGAGGGCGGCGACGGCGGUGGCCACGGCGCAGCCCUCCUGGAGGUGCGCAGCAGCAGCCAGGCCGCGCUGCGCAGCGCUGGGGUGCAAGCGCCCGCUGCCGACGCGGCGAGCGCGCGCGGCGCACCCAUCCGAGGGAGCGCCCGCGGAGGUGCCGGCCCCGAGCUCCCCUCGGGUGCGCUGGGCGGCCUGGCAGUGGUUGCCGCCAGCCUGCCGCCUGGGGCCCAGGCGACCACUGCGAUGCUGGGGCCAGCGGCCGCCGCUUCCGUCAACAGCGGAGAGCCCGCGGGGGCGCCCGACCACGGGUCGAGCACCGAGCGGGCACUCGCAGAGGAUGCCCUCCAGGAGGACAUCGACCGUGUCACGGAAUCCCUCAUACACGCCCUGGGUCAGCGUUCGGAGCAGCUGAACGAAAUGGAGCUGGAGGUCUACGAGCUGCGGGGCCUGCUCGAGGAGUCUUCGAGGCUCGCGGCAGAGGUCACUUCGCCGAAGGUCUGCCAUCGAAGCCCCGACGACGUGCGGGCUGCGAUGGUCGGAAUGGCGCGCCUGGCUAACUUCGCGGGAGCGUUCUACGCGACGGGCCGCCAGGCGAGCAAGUCCUUCUGCGGGGGCCCGACGGAGGCGGCCGGGAUCCGCGGGCGGCUCGACAGGGCCGCCACCGCGGGGGCGACGGAGGAGGAGGCGGCCGCCGCCAUCUCCUCCAUCGAGGCCGUGCGGGCGUGAAGCUCGCGUCCGCCGACAGCUCGCUGCUCCGGGCACGUGCCCCGACCACCUUCCACGCUCAACAUGACAACGCCAGCGUGGGCCGGUGUCGUGAAGGAAGCAACAUCGAGGAACAAACAUCGGC